CCCGUUCAAACCCCGGCACUUUUUACUUUGCCAUCGGUCUAAGACAUUCCGGAGAGGUCUCACAUAUCUCUCCAUGUGAAACCAUGCGGCCAUGUUCAAGAAACCCAACAUCCUUUGCUGUGGGGGUGGACUGCAGUUACUGAACUCCCCAUGUCUGUCCUCGCCACCUCGGUAUCGUGCUUUCCCCUCACAGUCUCGCUAUUCCGCCAGGCGCUAUGCCACCGCUUCUCACAACCCUGAGACGGAUCUUUCAUGGCCGUCGUCUCCCACAUUCACACCCUACGAGCUGUUUAAACAGGAUCGGACCGCACCCUAUUCCAAGGCCCGAUAUUAUGAAAUGGUCAAAAUCUACCACCCAGAUCGCCCAUGUAGCGGACAUCCACUAUGCAGAGACCUCACGCCCGAAGUGAGGCUUCAGCGAUACCACAUUCUAGUGGCUGCCCAUGAAAUCUUAUCGGAUCCAAGUAGACGAGCCGCCUACGACUUCAGUGGUGCGGGGUGGAAUCUCCAUCCUUAUGAGACGCCGAUCCCAUCCUGGGCUAGAACAGGCUCCAGUAACUACGGUCCGAUAUACGCGAACGCGACCUGGGAAGACUGGGAAAGGUGGAAUAAUCGCCACCAGGGAAAGCAGCAAACUUUGGUGGACCAUCGGACCUUUGCGACAUUCGUCAUUCUUCUGACGUUAAUGGGCGGAGCGCUGCAGGCAUCUUGGAUUAGCAAACUCAGCAGCGGUUACGAAGACCGACUUUGGGAGCUGAACGAAGAGUCCUCCCGCCUUCUGAAAGGGCGCAGGGAGAAUACUCAGCAUCAGAUGCAAUCGGUAGAUGCAAGGGUUCAACACUUUCUUAUCCGAAGGGACCCGUCUGGGUGUGGUUUGAAGGAGGAAGAACAGCCGGUUUAUAAGCAAGUGUUACAUUCUCAGAAAAGCUCCAACGACCCACCUGCGGAGUUUCUUGGAUCGGAGAGACAGGACGGUAGAGUCUCUGGAGAUUCGGUCCAGACGGGAACCAGCAGUUGACAUAGAUUGCAUGCGUAGCUAGUUCGCGGGCGCUGUAAAUAUAAUUGCUUCAGUUUAACGGAGGCCUGGAGUUUCCACUUCUGAAUCUAUGCCCUGGAACAUGCAUACAUGGCAGUAUCCUACUAGGGUCUGCAUGCAUUCAAAUUUAUUUCCAUGCUCCUGAUUCGACAUGCGUGCUGGUCGUCGGAAGCUGUGUCAGCUUUAGGACGUUGCAUUUCGGCAUGCGGAAACAAUAGGUGGGAGGGAACCUUGAGGCCGUCGAAACUACGACCAGCAAGUCCGCGAUAAUCCUUCCGGAGUACAUAUUAUUGGAAAGAUACGCAUUUGUUAUUUUCAGUAUAUCAUUUAGAUACCUAACAGUAAUGUGCUUAUUCGGG